CAAACAUCCUUUCCCUUCCCUUCCCUCCUUUAAAAGUGUUGUGGGAGUUCCCGAGUUCUCUCUCUCUGUCGCUGCGACGGCCAUUCAUGGCCAUGGUCAAUUCUUCCCUUUCUUCUUCAUCAUCUCUUCCUUCUGCUUAUUUUCGCUCCAGAACUCCCAAUUUCGGGAUUCGUCCAAGACAGCUUUCAUUCUCUGCUAUCAAUAUCAGAUCGGAGGCGGCAGACUUAUCAUCGUCGCAGGAAGUUGGUGGAUCAACGUUGCUGUCACCGGCAGAUUCGUCCAAUCUCUUCGAAUCGUCCGCUCUUCCGGUGAGUCGGUCGUACCCUGGAGGAGUGGGGCCUUACACGGGAAGGCACCUGGACGUGAAGAAGCCCGAAUGGCUGAGGCAGAGGGCUCCAGAGGGGGAGAGGUACAAAGAGCUCAAAGGCUCGCUGGCCCAACUGAAGCUCCACACUGUCUGCGAGGAAGCCCAGUGCCCCAACAUUGGAGAGUGUUGGAAUGGAAGGGGACGGGCUGGCGAAGAAGGAGAUGGUGUUGGGACCGCAACGAUCAUGCUUUUAGGGGAUACAUGUACAAGGGGUUGUAGGUUCUGCGCUGUGAAAACUAGCAGGAAUCCUUCACCAGCAGAUCCUAUGGAACCAGAGAACACUGCAAGAGCAAUAGCUAGUUGGGGUGUUGGCUACGUUGUCCUGACAAGUGUAGAUCGCGAUGACCUACCUGAUGGAGGAAGUGGCCAUUUUGCUCAUACUGUCAUUGAGCUGAAGAGACUAAAGCCAGAAAUCCUGGUGGAAUGUUUGACUUCUGACUUCCGAGGGGAUCUAAAUGCUGUUUCAACUGUUGUCCUUUCUGGACUUGAUGUGUUUGCUCAUAACAUUGAGACUGUGAAGAGGCUUCAAAAAAUUGUGAGGGAUCCUCGAGCAGGGUAUAAUCAGAGUUUAUGUGUUUUGAAACAUGCAAAGAGCUGCAAGAGAGGAAUGAUAACAAAAUCUUCUAUAAUGCUGGGUCUUGGAGAGUCUGAUGAGGAGGUGAAGGAAGCCAUGCAGGACUUGAGAGCCAUUGGUGUUGACAUUCUGACAUUGGGGCAAUACUUACAGCCAACACCAUUUCAUUUGACCGUUAAGGAAUAUGUGACUCCUGAAAAGUUUUCCUUUUGGAAGGAGUAUGGAGAGUCAAUAGGUUUUCGUUAUGUAGCCAGUGGACCUCUGGUUCGAUCUUCUUACAGAGCAGGCGAAUUUUUCAUUGAAAGCAUGCUCAAGGAUCGGAAAGCAAGUGAUACUAUUGGACAUUAAUUUGAUAGAUUAAGUAAAGGCUGAGAAAAUGAAGAGAUGAGCUAGACCAUAGUUCAUGAGCAGAUGAAGGAUUGUCAAGUACUAGCUAGGAGUUCAGCAACCUUAUUAACUGUCCAUACUUUCACCGAAGGUGUUCUUCAUGCUUGUUAUUUUGCUAGUAACUUUUCAUUCAUCAGGCUUAUGUAAAGUAAUUUGUCAAAUUUUCUGGUGCCCAUAUAUUCUUCAGAUUGGGCAUAUUGAUGUUCUCAUCCCUUCAAAAUAGUAUAUUAAGAGGUCUCUCUUGUUCAUUAACUCUGACGUACUUCUGAGAAUGUUAGCAGUGAUGCAUUUAUACUGG